AUGCAAAUUCAAAACGUCCAGAAUCCCAAGAUCCCUGGUCGCAUUAUAAGAAAUUUCAAAUGCAAGGACGGGAAGGAGUAAGUUCAACUUUCCCGAUAUUGUAGUAGAUGUUUUCGCACAAACUUAAAAAUUAUUGCCUGCACAUGCCGAAUUAUGGCCGAAAAAAUAACUUUAGUCUAAAAAGAACCUAAGAUAACCAAAAAAGUUCAAAUUCAUGCCUUUUUUCGUUCGAACUUUGUUGAAAAGUUCAGGAUAAUAUCCCGAAAGAAAUGCAUAUAAUUUCACGUUUUUCGUCCAUAAAAUUCACGUUUCUACGGUGAAACUGUGCAUAUAAUUUCACGUUUUUUGUUCAUAAAAUUCACGUUUCAGCGAAAUUGUGCCGUUUUUAAUCCAAAAGCCUGUAAAUCAGGUGCACACUCCAAUUUUUCAAAAAUGUAAAUUAAAAAAAUAAAAAAGAGUUUUAUUUUUUACUUAUCAACAAUAAUUAAGCUAAAAUUAUUAUCAACAAUAAUUAAGCUAAAAUCAUUAUAAGUGUUUGUGACCAAGGUUGGACAGAAAUGCAUAAUAUUUCACGUUUUUGAUCCAUAAUAUUCACGUUUCUUCGAUGAAACUCGAAGUGCAUAUAAUUUCACGUCUUUUGUCCAUAAAAUUUACGUUUGUGGUAGAAUUUCAAGUUCUUGGUCGAAAAAGGCGGUAAAUCAAGUUUAAACUCGGUUAUAUUUUAGAAAAUAACUAAAGUAAUAAAAAAGGAGACGAUGAACUCUACUAAAACCUAUACUUUCAGAAGAGAUGUGUUUAUGCCAUUGAGAAAAGACAAUAACUGCUGGAACGACGGUCUACCAGUUUUCCCUCGAAGCAAACCGUUAAUCCGUGAUGGUACCCAUCGUCCAAGCAACGUGCUCUAUCUGAUUCGUACUGGUGAGUCGAUCAAGAAUGUGUUUCCCAAUUGGACUCGUGAUUGUUUUGAGGAAGCGCCUGAUAGGAAGGAUAAGGUGGUCUACAACCUGGACGAUGUGAACUUGCCUAAUGCCAUUCCGAAAAGGAACAUUAAUGAGUUUGACAAGGAUCCGCCACUUAGUGAAAUGGGAAAAUUGUAAGGUUUUAGGCAUUUUUUGGUAAAUAACCUUGUUCGAAAAAAAUUUGUGUCAAUGAAAAAAAAUUUAGGUAACAAAAAAGGUAAUAAAAAAAUUUUUUGGGUGUUAAUUUAGGUCAAUAUAGCAUACAAAGCCUUAGUUUUGAAAAUAAUUGUCUUUGUGAAGCUUUAAAAAGUCUUGUCGUCAAUUUACAUGUAUUUGUUAGGUAAAAAACGACAAGACUUUUUUGUAUUUUAGAAAAGUUUAUUUUAGUUUUCUUUUGUUUGGCUAGCCUUUUAUGACCCAACUAGCCGUUUUUAGCCUUUUUUGGCCUUUCAAUGACCUAAAAUACGAAAUUUCAAAAUUUUUAAAUUUUAAAAUUUUGACUUUUAGAACCGCCCGUGCCAUUUGCAAGCAACUUAAAAAUGAUGAUGUUGCGCUCCAUGCCAUCUACACUUCACCUUUCUUGCGAUGCAUGGAGACUGCUACUUGUUUCUCUGAGCUAUUGGAAGAAGGGGUAGCUGGGUUCAACAUUGAGCCUGGUCUUACUGAGUAUGUCAACUUCCCUGAUGUGGUAGGUUUGUAAUGUGGUAGGGUUUUUGCAAUGGUAGUAUAAGGGUAAAGUAGGAUCGGUUAAUGUAGGGUAGGACAGAGUAGGGUAGGGUACGGUAGGGUAAAGUACGCUAGGCUAGAAAAGAGUAAGACAGUAUGCUAUGAUAUCUUGGGGUACUGUAAAACUCUAAAAACUAAAAUUUCAGCCAGUGUUCUUCACCCCGAAAGAAGCCACAGAUGUGAAUCUGAAGGUGAACAUGAAAUACGAACCUGUGAAAGGGCCUCUUCCUAAGGACAAAGAAAGUCCGAGUGAUAUGUUCGUGAGACUGAAAGGCGUUUUGAAUGAUAUGCACCGCCGAGAGCCGCUGACUAGAGUUACCGCCAUUGUUGCUACACCCACUGUGCUUCAGAACAUUUGUGAGGUUUUGAAAUUUUUUGAAAUUUUAAAAUUUUUUAAUUUUUUUUGAAUUUUUUUGGAUUUUUUGAAAUUUUUUGAAUUUUUCGAUUUUUUUUAUCUUUUGAAAUUUAAAAGAUUUUUAAAUUUCAGCCGCCCUCCUUCGCAAAGAAAAAGGCGCAGUGGACCGAAAUACUGCCCUGAAGAGUCCUCCGAGUAUGGUGCAGGUCCUGGCCUUUGAGCAUAAGAAGUGGGUAAGCAGAGACGAUCUGAUCCCCAAAUUCUCAUACAAACAAGGAUGCAACUACAAGAUGAUCAACCUCAAAGACAGGGACAAUUGA